AACCCAACACAUCACAAGGACACAUGCAGCUUCACCCACACGCUUUAUUAUAACCCCUGCUAUUCUCACAUCCGGGAUAUGAAACAUGAGCAAAGACUUGGAAUGCUACAUUUUUUCCCCCUCUCGACUCUCACAGGCGCCGUAAUGAUGGAGUAAAAAGCAUCACGAUUGGUGGAUGCGGCGAGAAGAAACAUAAAACCCCACAGCGUAGCUUUUGCACUCCGGACGCGACAAACGCGAAUGAAUCCAGCGCGUGCUUUCGGUCAUCUGUGAAGAACUGAACUAGGAAAAAAAAACCUUGAACUACAGCAAAAACAUCCACAUCCACACAAGAAGCUAAAAGUACACAAUGGUCGCUGGCGAUAUGUGUCUCUCAGACAAGCUUAGCGCAGCGUCGCUUGCGUGACAGCUCGCUGGCCAAUAGGAACAUCCAGCGGCUCAGACGCGUCCAAUGGCGAACGGCAGAAUACGGGCCUAAACGCAAGUUAGGCUGUUGUUGCAGGCGGCCAGCGCUAAACUUCACCAAAUAAUAGCUGUUUGUAUUUUGGGUGCCGCAGUAGCCAUUUUAGUGUCCUUGGAAAUAAAUGCGGAGAGAGGAACGCGUAGGUUUUUACGCUAACUGAUGUCCGGAGCCGGCGUGUCCAGACGCAGACACAAAGAUCAAGACAAAAUGAAAAUACAAAAGAAGGACAAGCAGAUGUCUGCCUCCCAUGUACUAAAGCACACUCCAUCCGCUGCUGCCUCGAAUGCCUCUGACCAAAACGCACAAACUACAUUUCCCAUCGGCCACUUGGGCAAAGAACAGUUACGGAUCAUCGGAGGGCCGCCCAAUCACUGCAUGGCUCACCCAAAGCACUCUGGGUUACGGGAGGCAGGGUCUGCGGCCAGCAGUCACAGUCUUCGCCCUUUAUCAAUCAACAGCGAGGAGGAUGAUGGAGGGGGCGGGGCCAGGGUGAAGAAGAAACGAAGGAAAAAAGACAAAAAAGAGUCAGAGUGGCACAGAGAUGAAGAGAGCAACGCUAAACCAAAGAGAAGGGAGCAAAAGGAAGCGAAGGAGCUUCUUCCGAGAAAGUCAAAGGCAGCGAAGGAACAAAAGGAUCAUAAGAAGAGGGAGCCAAAAGCCCAAAAAGAAGUCAAAAAAGUAAAGAAAGUUCAAGAUGUGAAAGUGAAAACACAGGCCAAGAACACUGCAACACAUCCGCCCUCCAAAAGAGGGAGGAAGCCAAAAGAGCAGGGUGCCAUGCCUCCAGAGAAGAAGAAGAAGGGAAAGAGGAAAAGUGAUGCUGUACUUGAGAUGGUGGAGAGUGAUGACACAACCUCUCUUAGCACGCUCGCCACUGGCGGUGAGGAAAGCAUCGACCCUAUGGAUAACACUAAGAGGCGAUCAGGGCGUCAAGUGAAGCGACGGAAGUAUAACGAAGAUCUUGAUUUCAAGGUCGUGGAUGAUGAUGGGGAGACCAUCGCCGUGUUGGGCUCGGGCCGAAUUGCUGCCAUGUCUUCCUCUACCCUCGCCUGGCAGGCUGAGGAACCCCCUGAAGAUGAGGCCAAUAUCAUUGAGAAAAUACUCUCAGCGCGAACGGUCAAGAAAGAGACAUCCCCUGACGAACCACCUGAAGAGAUGGAGGAGAUGGAGGAGUUUUACGUCAAGUACAGAAAUUUCUCCUAUCUGCACUGUAAAUGGGCGACCUUGGAGGAACUGGAGAAGGACCCACGCAUUGGCCAAAAAAUCAAGCGCUUCAGAAACAAGCAAGCGCAAAUGAAGCAUAUUUUCACAGAGCCGGAUGAAGACCUGUUUAAUCCAGAUUAUAUUGAAGUUGAUCGGGUUUUAGAGAUUGCUAUCACCACAGAUACAGAAACUGGAGAGGAAGUUACACACUACCUGGUGAAGUGGUGCUCUUUGUCAUAUGAGGAGAGUACUUGGGAGCUUCAGGAAGAUGUUGACCCUGUGAAAAUCAGAGAGUUUGAAGACCUCAAGGAAAUUCCAGAUAUCAAGCAUGUGGAAAGGCCUCUGCCCGAACAGUGGCAAAAACUAGAGAAGUCCAGAGAGUACAGGAAUGGGAACCAGCUGCGAGAAUACCAGUUAGAGGGAAUGAACUGGCUCCUUUUCAACUGGUACAACAGGAAAAACUGUAUCCUGGCUGAUGAGAUGGGGCUGGGGAAGACCAUCCAGUCCAUCACGUUCCUCUAUGAGAUUUAUCUCAUGGAUCUGAGAGGACCCUUCCUCAUCAUCGCCCCACUCUCCACCAUCACCAACUGGGAGAGAGAGUUCCGCACAUGGACUGAAGUGAACGUCAUCGUCUAUCACGGCAGCCAGAUCAGUCGGCAGAUGAUCCUGCAGUAUGAGAUGUACCACCGAGAUGAACAGGGAAACAUCGUGUCUGGCCAGUUUAAGUUUCAUGGAAUCAUCACUACAUUUGAAAUGAUAAUGGCUGACUGUCCAGAGCUGAAGAAGAUUAACUGGCGCUGUGUGGUGAUCGACGAGGCCCAUCGCCUAAAAAACCGCAACUGUAAACUGCUGGAGGGACUCAAACUCAUGAACCUGGAACAUAAAGUCCUUCUCACAGGAACCCCUUUGCAGAACUCAGUUGAGGAACUCUUCAGUCUGCUUAACUUUCUCGAACCCUCACAGUUCCCUUCCGAGACCACUUUCCUAGAGGAGUUUGGAGACCUGAAGACAGAAGAGCAGGUAAAGAAACUACAAGCCAUUCUGAAGCCCAUGAUGUUGAGGAGACUGAAGGAUGACGUGGAGAAGAAUCUGGCCCCUAAAGAGGAGACAAUCAUUGAGGUGGAGCUCACUAAUAUUCAGAAGAAGUACUACCGCGCCAUUCUGGAGAAAAACUUUGCCUUCCUUGCCAAGGGAGCAAACCAGCACAACAUGCCCAACCUCAUCAACACAAUGAUGGAGCUUCGCAAGUGCUGCAAUCACCCAUACCUCAUUACAGGUGCUGAAGAAAAGAUCCUUGAGAGCUUCAAGAAAACCUACAGUUCUGAUGCUGUAGAUUUUCAGCUGCAGGCAAUGAUCCAGGCCGCUGGUAAACUAGUACUUAUUGACAAGUUGCUGCCCAAGCUGCUGGCCGGAGGACAUAAAGUGCUGGUGUUUUCCCAGAUGGUCCGGUGCCUGGAUAUACUGGAGGACUACCUCAUUCAGAGGAGGUAUACAUACGAGCGUAUUGAUGGGAGAGUUCGAGGGAAUCUACGGCAGGCCGCCAUCGAUCGCUUCAGUAAGGUGGAUUCUGACCGCUUCGUGUUCCUCCUCUGUACACGAGCAGGAGGUCUGGGCAUCAACCUCACCGCCGCUGACACCUGUAUUAUAUUUGACUCAGACUGGAACCCGCAGAACGACUUGCAGGCUCAAGCUCGCUGCCACCGGAUCGGUCAAAGCAAAGCAGUGAAAGUAUAUCGCCUUAUUACACGAAACUCAUACGAGAGGGAGAUGUUUGACAAGGCCAGUCUGAAACUGGGAUUGGACAAGGCUGUUCUGCAGGACAUCAACCGCAAGGGCAGUCUCAAUGGGGUUCAGCAGCUCUCUAAGAUGGAGGUGGAAGAUCUUCUCAGGAAGGGAGCGUACGGGGCGCUUAUGGAUGAGGAAGAUGAGGGCUCUAAAUUUUGUGAAGAGGAUAUUGAUCAGAUCCUGCAGCGACGCACACAGACUAUCACAAUCCAGUCUGAGGGGAAGGGAUCAACUUUUGCCAAGGCUAGCUUUGUGUCUUCAGGGAACCGUACAGACAUCUCUCUGGAUGAUCCAAACUUCUGGCAGAAGUGGGCAAAAAUUGCUGAACUCGAAAUUGACUCCAAGGCAGAAAAGGAGAGUCUGGUGAUCGACACCCCUCGCGUAAGGAAGCAGACUCGUCAUUAUAACUCGUUUGAGGAUGAUGAACUGAUGGAGUUCUCUGAACUGGACAGCGACUCAGAAGAACGACCCUGUCGCACAAGACGUCUCAGCGAUCGCAACAGACGCUACCUCCGAGCGGAAUGCUUCAGAGUGGAGAAAAACCUUCUCAUUUUCGGGUGGGGUCGCUGGAAGGAUAUUCUCAAUCAUGGGCGUUUUAAAUGGCACCUGACGGAGCGAGACAUGGAGGUGCUGUGCAGGGCACUUCUAGUCUACUGUGUUCGCCAUUAUAAGGGAGACGACAAAAUUAAGAGCUUCAUUUGGGAUCUGAUCACACCCACUAAAGACGGACACAAUCAAGCACUACAAAACCACUCAGGUCUGUCUGCUCCUGUCCCACGGGGUCGUAAAGGCAAGAAGCUGAAGAACCAGUUGAGUCCACCUGAGCUGAAGAAUGCAGACUGGCUGGUCCACUGUAACCCAGAGGUUGUGCUUCAGGAUGACAGCUACAAGAAACAUCUCAAACAACACUGCAACAAGGUGCUACUGAGGGUGCGGAUGCUGUACUAUCUGAAGGUCGAAGUGCUGGGGGAGGCUUCUAAUCAGGCUCUUGAAGGGAUCCCAGCCAGUAAACUGGAGGUAACCCUGCCUGAUAUUGACUACAUUGAGAUCCCUACAAUAUGGUGGGAUGCUGAAGCGGAUAAAUCGCUGCUUAUUGGAGUUCACAAACAUGGGUAUGAGAGGUAUAACGCCAUGCGUGCAGACCCUGCUCUGUGUUUCCUGGAGCGAGUGGGUAUGCCUGAUGUCACUGCAUUGACGGUAGAGCAAAGUGGAGCAGAAACUGCUUCAGAUGUACCUGAUAGUAUCAGCAAGAGUGAUACAAUCAAAGAGGAGAACGACAUUAAGUCUGAGGAAUUAGAAGAGAAAGUAGAGAUCAAGGAGGAACCCAUGACAGAGGAAACAGGGAAAAAUUACAAUACAGUGACAGGGGGAUUUAUAGGAUCUCUCGCAGCAGACCUUGUUGCAGAAGUGAUGGAGCAGGGACGGAUACAGUGGCCAGCAGGCUCAGCUCUUACAGCACGUCUGCGGCGCCUCAUUACUGCCUAUCAGCGUUAUACACGCCGUGAGCCGCUUCGUCAUGAUUUCCUCUUACACGAGGGAAUUGCACCUGUGGCUUGGCAAAUAGGAGAGUUUAGGCACUGCACUACUGAGCCUGAUCCGCUCUUUUUGGAGUGGCAGCGAAGGUGGACACGUCGAGAGCAGGCUGACUUCAAUCGCACAGUGUCCUCGUUUGGAGUAGUAUAUGACCCAGAGAAGAAGACCUUAGACUGGAGCCAGUUCCGUGCCCUUGCUCGAUUAGAGAGGAAGACGGACGAAAGCUUAGAGAGAUAUUUCCACAGCUUUGUUUCAAUGUGUCGAACUGCAUGUAGACUGCCGCCCAGAAAAGAUGAAGGUAAUGUGGAUCCAUCACUGUUUGUGGAGCCCAUUACAGAAGAGCGAGCUGCCCGAACAUUAUAUCGUAUCGAGCUUUUGAGAAAGGUCCGUGAGCAAGUAUUGCGCCACCCGCUCCUGGGGGCACGACUGCAGCUAUGUCGCCCUAGUCUUUACUUGCCCGUCUGGUGGGAGUGUGGCAAACAUGACCGUGAUCUUCUCAUUGGGGUUGCUAAGCAUGGCUUGAGUCGAACAGACUUCUACAUCCUCAAUGACCCCCAAUUAUCCUUCCUGGAGGCCCACCGGAACUAUGUUCAUAAAGAAAACCACAGAUAUUCUGUCCCAGGCUUGCCCCACCACCAUUGCUGCUUGUAUGAUGCCAACCUUGGGCAUUGUCAGUCCCCACAACCUCCAGAGUAUCACCACACACCAACACAACUCGUCCAUUCUCAUGGGCAUCACCAGCCCACAGAAGUGGUGGCAUCAGAGUCUGGAAGUUCCUUAGGGAUAGGUACAGGAAUCAGGGAAGGAUUUUUGGAUUGCCCUCCACUGGAUGACUCUCUGGAGUUGGGGUCUUUACAACAUGAAGGCUUGACAUCAGACACACUACAUAGCAAGUCUGGUAAAGAGGCCUUCAAUGGAUUCCCAUUCAAUUCUGCAACCGGUGGGCAGAAUAUGCUAAAUUCGUACGGUGUCCAAGGGGAGCUAAAUGGGUCUCAAGGAGACAUGGCGGACUCCAUAGCUGGGAAACUUCGCAGCGAUGUUCUGGUGGGAGAGCAAGGGUCUUCUGAGGAGACUGGCUUAAUGGCUCCUUCUGUGGAACUAGAUGAACUUCAAACUCCAUGGGAAAGCUCGGACCAUGCUGAAGCCUCUGACAUGUUCAACGAGACUGAUCCCAUCUUGGGAGCACAAACUUUGGAACCCAGCUUUCUCGAUGCUCCUCAACCAGAAGAUGGACGCGAGGGUGAUGAAACGCUCACCGACUGUUUGAGCAUGCCUAGUUCAGACUCUCAAAGCAACCCUAUUGAACCACUGGCACCGAGCUUCAUGUUGUUCAAAGACCUUAAUGUUGGAGAGACUUCUGUGGAUCAGACAGAUCUAUCAGCCAGUCUUCCAGAAUAUGUUCCACCACCACCACCUCUUGGACUCCCGGAUGUGAGUCUUGACCAGACAGAUCCCAUUAGUGAGGAGCAAGAGGACAAGCUUAGUGAUUCCAGCAUCACACAUGGUGUUCUCAGUCCAGAAGAAGGAGCUGAAAGCUUAGGGUUUCAAGAUCUUUCCCCAGACAGCCCAAAGACAAUGGAUACUCAAGAUGAGAUGCCUUCAAUAGAGUCUCCAAGCGAAAAUUGUCUCGAGGAAUCCCAGAAAGGGGACUACAAGGUGCCAUUUGAAGAUUCCAAUGGAGAUUUGAAAGAUCCUUGUGAAGUGGCCUUGGAUGAACCUUACGAAAAGCCUCCAACAGAGCCAGAAAAAGUGCCUUUAGAGGAGUCUUACGAUUUGACUUGUGACGAGACCCUGCAGGAACCUUGCGAAGGGUUUCAGCAAGACACAGCGGAACAUCAGUUGGUGGAAGAACCCUGCAAAGAACCAUCAGAGCCAAUUGAAGAGUGCAAUCUAACUAACACUACUCUCUCAACAGAUUACCCUAUGCCGCCUUCACUCCCAUCAUCUCCUACUACCUUACCUGACACCUCUGAAUCGCCGGGCCUUGACGCAGUCCCAAAACAAGAGCUCCUCAUGGAUCCAGUGGUGUCAGAUGUGAAGCCUGAGCCAGAUAGCACUACGCAGACCCCUCACCUUGAGCAGACUGAGGUUUUGGAAGUAAAGGACAAGAUAAAAGAUGAAAGUGCAAUGGCACCAGCAUUAUUUGGAGAUGUUGAUGGACCACGCUUUGUAUUGCCCAUGUGUGAGAUGGCAGACAGUGUCCAUGAAAUAAGGGAACCAACCAUUGCUCAGCUUCUACAAGAGAAAGCACUCUUCUCCUUCUCAGAGUGGCCGAAGGACAGAGUGAUCAUCAACCGUAUUGACAGUAUCUGCCACACUAUCUUAAAGGGGAAGUGGCCUUCCUCCAGUCAACAGUAUGAGUCUCCCACCUCAUUGGCUAACACCAGCAGUGCCCACCAGAGGGCAGGAUUUCUGUCUACCAGAAUGCCUAUUUCUCAGAGCCUUAACUAUAACCCACACACAGUACCCCACUUAGCAAAGGAGCGGUUAGUGGCCCCAGCAUUUCUCCCUGAGCUCAAACGUCCAAGACGGGGUUUUGAAUUUGAGGCAGAAGUUCUUGCCAAACCAAGCAAUCUUGGAGAAAAGAUCCAGGUUGGCGUGCAUCAUCGUGCUAACGCUCUCCUCCUUAAUGGCUGGCAGGACGCCGCUAUUGACCUCUCCAAACCAACAGAGCUAACAGUUGGUGGAGACAGUGGGCCAAUCGGUCAGAUGAGCCACACUGUCCAGUCAGCGCCACAUAAAAUAACUGGGAUAGGCUCCAUACAAGGCUCACUGGGAUUGGAUAUGGCUGGCAUUUUGCAGGCUGGACUGAUUCACCCAGUCACGGGGCAGAUUGUCAACGGCGGUCUUCAUCGUGAUGAUUCAAUGUUGAGACGGAGGAAAGGACGGAGAAGAAAUGUGGAGACUCCUGAUCUCAGCUUUAUAAAGGGACGAAGCGUGAACUUGCCUGACCAGCAGAGCGGGUCAGAGAGUAUCAGCCACCCUGUUGUGUCCUCCACAUCCUCCCAGUCAGAAGGCCCUCCAGCCACCCCGACUACACUUCCUACUCAGCCUCCAGCCUCAGAGGCCAUGAAUGUGAGCUUGGACAGGGAAACAGCCAAUAAAGGCCUAAUUGAAUGGCUCAGACAAAACCCCAACUACAACAUGGAGCUUUCUGCUUUUCCGUCUCAGAAUGCAAGCAUGUUGCACAGUUUCUUGGAGCGUCCGAAGCAGAGAAGGCAUCGCUGCAAAGACCCAACCAAGCUCGAUGUCAACUCUCUAACUGGGGAGGAGAGAGUCCCAGUAGUGCACAGAAACACAGGCCGCAGGCUUGGAGGCGCUAUGGCUCCAGCCAUUAAAGAGCUCUCCCGAUGGCUGGAUGCAAACUCCGAAUACUCUGUGGCUCCUGAUUGGGCAGAUGUGGUGAAGCACUCGGGUUUUCUGCCGGAGGGCAAAUUCACACGCAUCCUCUCUGGACCCGUAUGUCGGGAUCCCGGUCCACGUAGGAGAGGCAGGCGACCCCGCAGCGAGAUGCCCAAAGCCCACGAGCUCCCCGCUGGCAUGGGUCCACUCUUCAUGAACGGUGGGCUCAUUGGCAGCAUGGAUCUGGUUAGCUUACCCAGUCUCCGCAAUGUCCCUGGCAUCCCGCUAACCGGUAUCAUGGGCUUUCCUCAUGGUUUCGCCACUGCCAUACCAUCAGGAGAUGAUGCCAAGAAUGGACUCAGCAUGCUGCCCAUGAUGCUCCACGGCAUGGCGGCCGUGCAGCCGCCCAUGUACAGCGCUCACAUGAGUGGAAUGAUGAAUCAACCACUGUCCACUGCAACGUCCACUGUAACUGCAUCCUCCACUACAGCGAGCGUGACUUCUACGAACUCCGCAACCGUAACCUCAUCCUCCAACCCAGCAGAUAGUUCGGAUUUUGCACCUGCGCAUGAUAACGCAAGCUCUCCCAUGAGCACGGAGAAUGGGAAUAUGGAGGACGCAAAGCAAGGAGGGGAAGAGAAGAAAGUGUCCGCUUCGGUGUCUACAGCUGCGGCCACUAGCAGCAGUAGUAGUAGUAGCAUCACAAGCACUGGCAGCCAUUUGACAUUUAACCCUUUUCUAAUCCCAGGAAUGUCACAUAGUCUGUUGUAUCCUCAUAUGUUCUUGCCACCGGGCAGUAUAAUGGCGCUGCCCGCCAUGACCGCAGCAGACAGCACGGGCAGCCCCAAGAGGAAGAGGAAGAAGGUUAGGGAGGAAGGACCAGAGGAGGGAAGCAGCAAUGUUGGUGUGCAUAUAGAUGGUGUGGAAUCGAAGCAGGUUAAAGACGAACAGACACCCGAACAAAAGAGCCAAGAGGGCAGAAUGGAAGAAGGCAGACCUGAUGUAGAUUUAGCUCGGGUCAAAGAUCCUUCUGAGGAUAGAAGUACUGAGGAAAAGGACAAAAACGAGAUGGGAGAGGAACCUAGGCCAAAUGCUCAAGGCUUGUGUGUCAGUGGAGACUAGAAUGCAUCCUCAUGUUUGGGCCACAGUACUUUUGUGUGUGUCGUGUCGGUAAAAGUUUGUGUAUAGGACUUUGAUUAUCAACGUAUUGUUUAUAGAUCUGCCCUUGUAAUUUCACUGACAUCUACACUUCCUUCUGGGUGUGUGCUAAAGAUAUAGACACUUGAAGCAUGCAAACAUUCAGAGGUCUUGAAUCCUGAAAAAUCAUCAUUGGUGUUAGCGUGUACCUUUUGCAUCAUGGGAAUGGAUACUCAGACAUUUCUGUCUGUUGACGGAGAACGCUCUUAGUGACCCCAGCAUUUUCCCCCUUCGAUUAGGUGUUAUUCACUAGCAUCUUUCACAGAUUCUCAGAAAGCGGUAGGAUGUUGGUAUUGUGCAAAAAACAGACGGCAGUCUCACUUCAUAUUCGUGUUUCCGAUCACGCUCUUAUAGUUGCAUAAGACCUAGAUUUAUGUUUUGAAACCUAAUGCAAAGAAAACACUCGUUCCAUUGGUAGAUUACCAGCAGAGCUGCAUCUGAUACAGUCUCGAUGGACCACAGUAUUUUGUUCUUAGUUGCUUGCUGCUAUGUAUUCAUUUUAGUGAAGAUUUUAACCUAAAUCUUUUACAAAGCUAUAGGUGGCAUGAGUGCAACAUGGUGAGUGCAAUGGAAACUCAAAAAGAGGCUUGAAAUUGAUGGCAAAGAACAAUCCUGAGAUUGAUUUAUCUUUUGUUUUGUUUGUCAUAUUGUUUUUGAUGUCGUUUCCACAUGGUUGCUUUGAUAAGAUGCCCAUUUAUAGAGAUGGCUAUAUAUACUUAGAGGUGCUGCAUGUUCAAGGGCGAAGGUUUAGUGCCGUAGAUGAGACUCUGUUCUAAAUGGUAUUGGUACACGGGCUUAUAAAAUAAGUCUGAUGCAAAACAGGUGGUAGAACAUUGCGAGAACUGUGUGUUGUUGUUUUUUUUAGUGAAUUUAAAGGGAUAAUUCACCCCCAAAUUAAAUUUC